AUGUCUGAAAUUAUUAUUUCAUAUUUGAACCAAAGCAAGGAUAAGUCUUUUUGGGGCUUUUUGUGUCGUUAUCGGAAUGAAAUCGUUGCUAUUACUCCACCUACUUCACGGGGGUGUGACCUUGAUAACGACUGGGCUAAAAAUUUCAUAAGAGAAGCACAAAAACUUGAAGAUUUGAACGAAAAGGUCAAUUCAGAACGACAACGUGUUGCAAAAAAAUUGGAGGAUUAUUGGAAUAAUGUAAUUGCAGAACGUGAAACAAAAGAAGAUAUCUUGGUCCGUGAAGCAGAAGAAGCUCGCAUUCAGGAUGAACUAUCUCGUCUUCGGCACAAACUAUCUGAAAUACAAGAAAAACUUGCAUUCGAGAUUAGCGAACUUAGACAGAAGUAUGUCGAGCUUGAAGCUAAGAAUAUCGAAGUCGAAGUUGAGAAUACAAAAUUAAAACAAGACAAAAAAGAAGUUGAAGCCAGAUUUUUGAAUCUAGAGCAGAGAGAUAGAGAAAAAACAGACCUUAUUGCUAAACUGAAACAUAAUGUCUCGCUAAUUAAGGAACAGAGCUUGCAAAACGAGAAUAAUAGGUACACUCCCGAACAGAUAGUCCUCUCUCAAAGAGAAAGUGAUGUCAAUAUACCCAACCCUGUUAUAAGCCAGUGCAUUAGCCGUGCCAGCUCUACCAGUACUAAUUCCAAAUUGUUAAAGGAUGAUACUCUUGAGCAGAUAGAAAAUAACUUUGAUAACACAGAGCAUCGAACAUCCAGAUCUUCUGGUAUAUGCCAAGAAAGGGAUAACCGAUCUUUAGCAUCUCCUGAACCAAAUUCUAAUGUAUGUCAGGAGACAGAAACUCCGGAGGCCUUAAUUGUAUUAAGAUGCUCCACACCAUCAAUUUGUAUAAAAAAUAAAUCUUCAGAAGAUAUAGCGAUCGAUGAAUUUCUAGACCUAAAAGAAAAGGAAAGGGUCAGUAAUAUGGUAAGAGAGAAAAAUAGAGAAAAGAAGCUUAGAUCUCAAUUGAAUAAUAUUUCACAAUCUAAUAAAAACAAAGUACAGAAGUUUAUGUCAGGAGUUUCUACAAACUCUAGUUCGCAGUUACAAUAUACUGGUUCUAUUAGUAAUAGUAGCGCAGAUAAUGAUGCGAUACCUACAACCUUGAAUGAAAUAGAAUCUCAACCCAGCAAUACUAGCUUCACGUUUUUGUAUGAAAAACUUUGUAAUGCUAUAAUUCUUGCUGAUCGCAAAACUCAAGAAGCAAUUUUCUGUUAUUGUAAUUUUGGUGAAGCUCUCAUUCAAAGACGUAAUGAAAUAGCAUCAGAAAAACAAAUUGAUCCGGAAUCUAAUGCAGUUAGUAGAAUUUUAAAUAAGGAAGUUCGUGCUCAGCUCCCUGCAAAUAUUUCUGAUGUACUUUUAUGGAAGAGAAUCGAAAAGGCUAAAAAGCUCUACAAACUUUUCAGUACAAUAGGUAAGGAUAAAAUUUGUCGAAUACAUUCCUUUUCCGCUGAUAGUAUCUCAAAAAUGACAAACAAAGAUAUUCAAUAUAUUAUAGAUAACGUGCCAUUUGACUAUAGUAUUAAGAUAGAAUUCACCUUAAAAUCCAAAAACCCUGAACUUAGUUCAGGAAGUGAUAACAAAAAUUCUUUUAGCUCUAAACUAUCCCAAGAAAACAAUCAAGAUUCAAAAACGGAGGCAAGCAUCCUAACCACUUCCUCUAUCCAGUCAUUGCAUACCUCCAAUUCGGAAGAUAUGAUAAGUGAGGAUAACAAAUCUCCAUCGAAUAUUGAGUCAAAUGCUCGAAACUCUACUUCCUCGAAAUUACCAGAAGCUGAAGUAAGUAUAUCACAG